AUGGUUAAUCUUACCGGAUCUUCGAAAGUGGAGCAAAACAAUAUCAAGAGCAUUAUUGGAUCAUCGUAUAACCGACUUUACAGCCAGUUUACUUCAGACGAGCUUACAGAGGUAGGUAAUUAUAAGAUUUUAAAACAGAUAGGAGAAGGAAGUUUUGGGAAAGUUUAUUUGGCACUUCAUAGGCCAACUCACCGUAAAGUUUGCCUGAAGACAAGCGAUAAAAAUGAUCCUAACAUCGUCAGAGAGGUAUUCUACCACAGACAGUUUGACUUCCCUUAUAUUACGAAGCUCUAUGAAGUGAUAGUAACAGAGACUAAAGUGUGGAUGGCGUUGGAGUAUUGCCCAGGCAAGGAACUAUAUGAUCAUUUACUUUCUUUACAUAGAAUAUCUUUACUUGAAUGUGGAGAAUUGUUUGCGCAAAUAUCUGGUGCUGUCUACUACGCACACUCCAUGCAUUGUGUUCACAGAGAUUUGAAGCUGGAAAAUAUCCUAUUGGAUAAAAAUGGUAACGCUAAGCUAACGGAUUUUGGUUUUACAAGAGAAUGCAUGACAAAGACAACACUGGAAACAGUUUGUGGUACAACGGUUUAUAUGGCGCCCGAAUUGAUUGAGCGAAAGACAUAUGACGGGUUUAAGAUUGAUAUAUGGUCAUUAGGGGUAAUACUUUAUACAUUAAUUACGGGAUCUUUGCCAUUUGAUGAUGAUGAUGAGGUUAAGACUAAAUGGAAAAUUGUUAAUGAAGAACCAAAUUACGAUUCUAAAUUAAUUCCCGACGAUGCUAAAGAUUUGAUAUCACGAUUAUUGGCUAAAAACCCAAAAGAACGCCCAUCGUUACCACAGGUUUUACACCACCAAUUUUUACAGCCAUACGGUUCUGUAGUUCUAGAUCAAACAGAGAAAACGCUGAGCAGGCAACGUAGUGGCGGAACUCAUUUCAAAAGCAAAUUAGAGAGGCGAUUACUUAAACGCCUCAAACAAUCAGGUCUUGAUACUCUGGCAAUUAAACAAUCCAUUCUAAAAAGAAAGUGUGACUCGCUUUCUGGCCUAUGGCUACUUUUGCUAGCACAAGAGAAAAAGCAAGAAACCUGUAAAUAUCCGAAGAGAAGCAAGUCGGUGUUAUCAGUGAAAAAAGUCAUUGACAAUGCCACUCAUAACGAUGAUAGCAACAUCGAUAGUGGGAUGCUUAAGCCUCCGCUUGAACUUUCUAGAGCUACUUCACUGAGUAAAAUGCUAAACAAAGGUUCAGAUAUCGUAACAUCGAUGACUCCGGUUAGCAGAAAAAAGUCGAAAGACUCGACAAAGAUCUUACGUCCUACACUUUCCAAAGCUUCCACACAAAGGGCUUACACUCAAUCUAUGGUAAACUCUCCUCGAAAGUCCAAUAAUUUUCUACAAAAAGUUUCCAGUUUUUUCAAGUCAAAAAAAAAUCUUAAUAAUAAUAUGAAUAACAACAUUUAUUCAGGAACUCGUGAAGGCUCGGUCGCAAGCACCAAAGGUGCUUCCAUUCCGGGAUCUUUUCCAAAGAAAAAAAGUAACUCUCCCCAGAAAUCAAGGACUGAUGUAGGCGCAGAUUUUAUAAAGAUAAACUCCAAGGAGUCAUUAAAAAACAACUUAGUUGGCACCGCUGCGUUGCAGAAAGCUACCAUUCUAUUAGAUAAUAAUGAGGUUUCUGAAAAAGCGAUGGAAAGCACGAACACAACUACAGGAUUGCUAUUAAACGAAAGCAUUCGAAUAGAAGAACCCCGUCUCAAACGGUUUAAAUCAUCCAUAUCUAGUGAUAUUUCCCAAACGUCUACUGGCAACUAUGACAGCGAAUCUGUGGAGAACUCCAGGUCUGUUUCUCUGGAUGGGAAGGUUUCUCCCCCACCAAUUCGGACUCGACCAUUAUCAGAGAUAUCACAGAUUUCUAAUGACACUUAUACUUCUGAAUAUUCUACUGAUGGCAACAAUUCGUCAUUCAAAAUUUCCGAUACGAUCAAGCCCAGCUACAUCCGUAAAGGUUCGGAGAAUACGUCACAAUAUUCAGCUUCAUCCGAAAAAAUGACAAAUGGCUACGGUAGAAAAUUCGUUAGGAGAGAUUUGAGUAUUAUAUCUACAGCAUCCAGUGCAUCUGAAAGAAGUUCAAGAACGGAUUCCUUUUACGAUAUCACAACAGCUUCUCCAGCUAUAAACGCUGAAAAUAGAGGCAGUAGAAGCAAUAAUUCAAAAGAGUCUGUUUUGCCUAGAUUUGGGACCCAAAGACCUUGGACGGGCAAAAGGGCAUAUGCGACAUCUCGUCAUGGUAAAACCGCCAGGCGUUCAUCUAAAAGAGGACAAUUCAAAAUACAGUCUUCCAAUACCGAUUCCAUCAUUCAGGAAGUGAGCUCAUCGGAAGAAGAAGACCAUAAUGCUCUCGAUAAGAAGCGAACAGGUUUACCAACACCCGUUUUGCAGAACAAAGGAUUAGCGGGAAAUGGACUAGAUGAGCAUGAUGAAGAUGGUGAUGACGAGUAUGCCAUUCAUACUGAUGGGGAGUUUUCAGUAAAACCUCAGUUUUCUGAUGAACUUAUUGAUAAACAAAAUAGUUUGUCGAAUGUAAAAGCUGUGGCAACUAAACGUUCUUUGAGUGAAGGUAGUAAUUGGUCCAGUAAGUACUUGGAUUCAGAUGGUAAUCGCCAACGCAUAUCUCCAAUGGUGGAGGAAAACGGCGAAGGUUCCGUUGGGUACGUAGCGGAUAGUAGUGUCGAUGGUGAAGAACCUAAACUAUUGUUAUAA